AUGGCUAGUGGAAGUGAACGUGUGGUAGUCGUAGGAGUCGAUGAUUCAUCUCACAGCUACCACGCACUAGAGUCAGCUCUCGACCUCUUCUUCACACCUUUCAAAUCAAACCCACAAUUCAAACUCGUCGUGGUCCACGCAAGACUCACCGCAACCUCCGUCCUAGGCUUUGCCGGACCAGGAACGGUCGAUAUAAUACCUCUUGUGGAACAAGAUUUAGACAAGACUGCGGAGCUGGUCAAGAAGAAGUGUACUGAAGUGUGUUCGGGUAAAUCUGUUGAGAUAACUUCGUUGGAGGUUAUAGAAGGAGAUCCUAGGAACAUAAUGUUGGAAGCAGCGGAGAGACACCAUGCAUCUGUUCUUGUUCUUGGGAGUCAUGGUUAUGGAGCUGUCAAGAGGGUGUUUUUGGGAAGCGUGAGUGACUAUUUAGCUCAUCAUGCUCAUUGCUCUGUUAUGAUUGUUAAGAAGCCUAAGACUAAACAUGCUUCUCACGAUAAACACUAA